ACAUGUGAAAAAGAAGCAAAAGAGGAAGAAAGACCCUAGACUAAAGAGGAGUGUGUAGGAGAGGGAAAAAAAGGAGAUGAUGCAGAACCAGUGCUGUAGAUGUUUUUUUCCGAUCCCGGGCGAGCACAGAUCUCACCGUCACUGAUUAACCUGAGGUCAGAAAGAGACGCUGGGACGGAUAAGAGAAGGAAAGAGAGGGGACGAAGAAAGAGAGAGCGUCCACAUGACUGAACUGAGAGAGCGCGAGUCUCAGCACAGAGGUAACGGACGAGAGCAUGGUGUUUGUCGGGAUUAGAGGAGGAACAGGCUCAGUGGUGCGGAUGCUAAUUCACACACCAAGGACAAUGGUGUCUGUGGAUUUCUGUUAGCAAGUUGCAACGAAGUGCUCCUGAAAGCCUAACCUAGAGUCAAGAAUCUUCAAAGUCAUGAUUGAAAUGGUGUUCCAAUAAAGAAUGGAAUUAUAUGGUAUCGAAAUAAAGAUUCGGAAACUCGUCUUCCAAGGUGCAUCAACAUGUGAAAGAAUCUACGCCCAUAGUGAGAGCGAGGAUGUACUGACCAGUUCCUCUCUCGAAUGGAUCAUUAAGAUUGAUGUCCAAAAAGUUCCAUGCUGGAAUACUUUAUCCUAAACAAUCCUCUAGAUCUUCAUAAAGUUGGCUUAUACUUUAUAGCCAACCCUAGCGCUAACAUUUAUGCAGAAUACAAACCCAAGAACUCAUCGCCUUUGACUGUGGAGUAAUGCACACUUGAGACACAAAAAAAGCACAACCAUGAGUGAAACUCUGCAACUCCCGGCACUGCAAGUGCAGGCUCCUUGUGAUGUGGAUCAGCAUGGAUGUGCCACUGGAGAAAAUCCCACCUCCCCCAGUCUGUCCCUGCGGCGCAAGCGCUUCAAGAUGCGUCGAAUGAAGAAUGUUCAGAGUGAAAGGGGGCCAACAGAGGGUUCUAAGGAGUAUCUGCAGCUCCCAUCCAUUGAGAUCACACCAUCGAGCGACGAGGAUGCGGUCGGCUCAGUCUCAUCUACGCCGAGCGCCUCACCGUGCCGCAGGCGCUCCCUCCUGAGGAAAUGGCUCAGAGGAGGCGACAAGAAGGAGCAAAGCAGUGAAAGCAGCAGCCAGCAGAGCAGCUUACAGAGCAGCCAUGAGGAUGAAUCGACACGCUACUUGAGCCCUAACACCCGGGAAGACAGCACCGCGAGUAACUCGACCCGGAGCACUCCCACUUGUUCACCCGUCCUCCGUAAGCGCCCUCGCUCUCCGGUUCCUCCGAGUGCAGACGGAGAGAACAUGGUGGAGAAGAGCUCCGACCACUCGUCCGAUAAAUCGCCCUCCACCCCUGAGCAGACGGUCCAUCGGCCUUACAGCCAAUCAGGAACACGCACUGGGAACAAGAACUCAAAGAAAAGUCAAAGCUGGUACAACGUGUUAAGCCCCACAUAUAAGCAACGCAAUGAGGACUUCAGGAAACUCUUUAAGCAGCUACCUGACACUGAACGCCUCAUUGUUGACUACUCAUGUGCCCUGCAGAGAGACAUUCUCCUUCAGGGUCGCCUCUACCUCUCCGAAAACUGGAUUUGUUUCUACAGCAACAUUUUCCGCUGGGAAACACUGCUGAUGGUGCGUCUGAAGGACAUCUGUUCCAUGACUAAAGAGAAGACAGCACGUCUCAUCCCCAAUGCCAUCCAGCUUUGUACUGACAAUGAGAAGCACUUUUUUACCUCGUUUGGUGCACGGGACCGGACCUACAUGAUGAUGUUCCGUCUCUGGCAGAAUGCUCUCCUGGAUAAGCCGUUGUGUCCCAAGGAGCUGUGGCACUUUGUCCAUCAGUGCUACGGGAACGAGCUGGGCUUGACGAGUGAUGAUGAGGAUUACGUGCCCCCAGAUGAUGACUUUAACACCAUGGGCUGUUGCCCCCCUCCCUGGUGCAGGUACUGCGAAGAGAUCCCACCUGAGGAGAAUGAAGCCCAGGACACGUGCACGAAAGCGGCUGAAGUAAAAAUGGACACGAGUCCACAGCUGCCAAAGAAAUCCUUCACCAGCAAUAACUUCCCUUUAACUGGCAGCAGCGAGACACCUGUCCAUUAUGACGUUCCACCAGAGGAAGAGUUUUCUGGCUGUUUUCCUGAGGAGCUUCUCAGUCUGCCUUUGCCUGAUAACAAAUUGACCAAGUCCAGCGAUCCUGCACCCUCACCAUCGCUCGACUUCAAUGACAAUGAGGAUCUUCCAACUGAGCUUAGUGACUCAUCAGAAACUCAUGAUGAUGGAGAAGUCGAGGCCUUUUAUGAUGAUCUAAAUGGGAAGCAGUACAUCAACAAGGUGUACAAGUUCAGUGUCGACAAGCUCUACGAUCUCCUCUUCACCGAGUCGCAGUUCAUGAGGGACUUCUUAGAGCUACGCCGAUUCUCAGAUGUGGCGUAUCAUCCUUGGAAGAAGGAAGAGAUGGGAGACCAAAGCAGAGAGAUUAUGUAUACCAUCACCAUCUCCAACCCCCUGGCUCCGAAAACCGCUACAGUCACUGAGUCUCAGACGUUGUACAAAGCCAGCCAAGAAAGCGAGUGUUACAUCAUCGAUGCCGAAGUGAUCACUCACGACGUCCCUUAUCACGACUACUUCUACACGCUCAACCGCUACAUGCUAACCCGAGUGGCUAAGAACAAGUGCAGACUGAGGGUUUCCACCGAGCUGCGCUACAGGAAACAGCCUUGGGGUCUCGUCAAAGGCUUUAUAGAGAGAAACUUCUGGAGUGGCCUUGAUGAUUAUUUUAGACAUUUAGAGAUGGAGCUGAGUAAAGUGGAGGUGGUGCUAAACGAACCCCACAGACCCUCUCCCAAAGCCAAAGCGACGCGUUCGUCUAACGUGAGGCGGCACCGGAAACGGGCGACGGCUCACCUUCGGCCGCAGCACUUGAACGAAGAGCUGAGCGCCAUCACUACGGCCGAGGACGACGAGGUCAUCCAGCGCAUCAAACACGUGCCAGGAUCAACGCAGACACGGCACCUCCCCGACCCGGGCGCUGGAGGACUGGCGCUGUACAGCGUCUCCAAGCUCCUGCUCAUCAUCAGCUUUGUGAUCUGUGUCAGCCUGGUGCUACUGGUGUUUCUCAACAUGAUGCUGUUCUAUAAGCUGUGGACACUGGAACACACCACGCAGAGCUUGGUGUCGCUGCAGGGCCUCCGAGCUCCUGACAGUAAACUUCCCCAAACGCAGAUGGAGUGGGCUCAGCUUUUGGAGUCGCAGCAGCGUUACCAUGACGACGAGCUGGAGAAGUGGCGGGAGAUAAUCAAGUCGUCUGUGGUUUUGUUAGACGAGAUGCGAGGAUCUUUACUGAACCUGCAGAAGGGAAUCGACAUGAGGGAGGACGGCUCGUCGGAGGGGGACAAACGCAGUCAAUACCACUGACGGCAUGAGACCUCGGGUACACACAUCUGGUGCAAUAAUAAGGGUGUGGAGGAACCUAUGAAGCUGCCUCACUCCUGUCCAGUGCAGCUCACCGAGCAUCCAUCUGCAAAAAAAUGUACCAUUUGACUAUCCCUGGUCCACCUGAUCUUCAGGGACAACUCUGACUCCUGAGUCAUUUGUUCCUUCAUUCAAGAACUCAUUCAAGUGUUAAAUGCACAUGCAGCUACAUCUCAGCUGCACCACCAUAACCAUCAUGACCUUUACCACCUCUUUGGUUUAUUUUUUUUUAUUUUUUUUAAUAUGUAGGACUCUGGGACCAGGUUAACAUUUGACCUAUUUAUUAUCUUUAUUUUUACUUGUGGAUGCGCACAGAGCAGAGAAUGUGGAACGGAUCUAUUACGAAUACACACGUCUUUCUAAUUUAUAAGUAGAGCUAUAUUUGUUGCCAGAGUUACCUUUUUACCGAGGCUUCCAUGGAUAAAUCGGGGGCCGGACCCCAGAGAGCUUGUGCCAUGGUGCUAAUUAUGCAGAAAUGUUGUUCCAUGUUACAGUUCCAGAUUUUAUUUUUGUCCUCGUGUAGAGUUGCUUGUUUCUCUUGUCGGAACAUUUUGUGUUGCCUGUGAAUGCGAGAGGCCAAUCAUAGCAUCGGCAGUGGGUAUUAAAAAGAGCAAGAUCUUAUUUUUUUCUUGAAGAUACUGCAUUUCGUUUUGCACAAUUCGUUUUCUAUUCCUGUUCGUUUUGUGUGUGUGUGGGACUUUUUUUUUCUUUCUAUUUUUUUUUUAACACUGGACCAUCAUGACUUUGUGUUGCCAACUUUAUUUAUAUACUCCAUUUCAUUUUUUUUUUUAUACACCAUACAAUUUUUUUUUAUGUGUGUGUGUGGGUUACAUUACCUUCUAUCCCAGUUCACUUGUGUUUGGAGGCAGCACUCAAAACCUCCAAAGCUACCGAUAGGAAAACAGUUCAAAUCAUCCUUUGAAGGCAGCAAAACUUCACCAUGGCGAUUUGAUGAUAACCUGUUGCUAAAUAACCAACAAAUUCUAGGGUACUUAAAGAUAACUAACCUAAGCUCAGUUAUCUUACGUGGAAAAAAGUAUAGUUAGGGGGAAGUGUGAAAAGUAUUUAUAUUAUAAAAAAAAAAAAAAAGUCAGGUCAAAAGCAAUUCUUGAAUCCGAUCGGUUGGCAGGUGCUGAAUUUUCUAGAUUAUGGUUUCUAUAGUAACUGCUCCUUAACAGGGACGAUCAGAUGUUCAUAUAUAGCAAACUUUUCUGUAAGGAGAUGUUUAUGUGACAUUUAUAGAAGGAGACUCCAGCAUAUUCAGCACAGAUGUGUGGGGUUUUUUUUUCCUUAUAAACUUCAAGACAGAAAAAAGAAGGGCAGUUUUUUAAAGGAACUUGUUUGGUAGACAUAAAGGAAGUAUUGUCGCAUUCUAAGUAAAGAUCGACAUUUAUUUGUAAGAGUCAGUGAAGGUCAAAAAGAGAAACUGUGAAAAAAAACAACAACUUCUAUUUACUAUCAGUAUUAUUUGCAGAACGUUCUGGAAACGCAGAUUGUUCAAGCUGCAGCUGGCAUUCGAGUUUAAUGAAUUUCCAUUUUUUUAUGAUUUUUCUCCAAAGCCCUACAGCUGCGCAGUGUUGAUUGCGAUUUUCUGGGGAGAAGAGUUUGGAGUGUGCUUGUGGAGAUUUGUGCUCAUUUUGCCACAAGUAAAGUCGGGUACUGUAGGUGAGGUGAGGAGGCCUGGGGUGCAGUCAGUGUUCCAAUUCAUCUCAAACGUUUCAAUAGGGUUGAAGUUUGAACUAUAGCAGGCCAUUGAAGAACUUUCUCUCCAACACAUGUAAAGCACAUGUUCAUGGAGCUGGCUUUGUGUACAGGGGCAUUGUCAUGCUAGGACAGUGCCAGUUAAGGCAAAAUUUUAUGCUUAAGCAUCCAAAAACAACUACCGUAUUUUUCGGACUAUAAGCCGCUACUUUUUUCCCACGUUUUGAACCCCGUGGCUUAUACAAUGAAGCGGCUAAUUUAUGGAUUUUUUCUGGGUUUUUCCUGGUUUCACAAACUUCAAGCCAAAAAACUAAACCCCAUAACAUUAGACCAAUGAAAUUUCCGAUCGGAAACGAAAAAACGCACCUCACCUGUGUUCUAAACAUCUGAGCAA